AUGAAGACGCUGGGGAUUUUGGUUUCUGCUGCCCUGUUCCUGGGGUCCGCCUCUGCUGCCCUGUUCCUGUGGUCUGCCUCUGCUGCCCUGUUCCUGGGGUCCGCCUCUGCUGCCCUGUUCCUGGGGUCCGCCUCUGCUGCCCUGUUCCUGGGGUCCGCCUCUGCUGCCCUGUUCCUGGGGUCCGCCUCUGCUGCCCUGUUCCUGGGGUCCGCCUCUGCUGCCCUGUUCCUGGGGUCCGCCUCUGCUGCCCUGUUCCUGGGGUCCGCCUCUGCUGCCCUGUUCCUAGGUUCCGCCUUUGCUGCCCUGUUCCUGGGGUCCGCCUCUGCUGCCCUGUUCCUGGGGUCCGCCUCUGCUGCCCUGUUCCUGGGGUCCGCCUCUGCUGCCCUGUUCCUGGGGUCCGCCUCUGCUGCCCUGUUCCUGUGGUCCGCCUCUGCUGCCCUGUUCCUGGGGUCCGCCUCUGCUGCCCUGUUCCUGGGGUCCGCCUCUGCUGCCCUGUUCCUGGGGUCCGCCUCUGCUGCCCUGUUCCUGGGGUCCGCCUCUGCUGCCCUGUUCCUGGGGUCCGCCUCUGCUGCCCUGUUCCUGGGGUCCGCCUCUGCUGCCCUGUUCCUGGGGUCCGCCUCUGCUGCCACUUUGACUGACUGCUUCUCCCUGUGUCUCCUUCCAGGUGUUCUCAAGGCCACAAAGUUCAAACCAAGGUGUAUGCAGCUGAACCUGCUCCAGUCAGACACCCGUGGCCAAGAGGACUGCCUCUACCUGAACAUAUGGGUCCCUCAGGGCAGCAGCGGUAACUAUGGUUUGUGGGACCAGCACGCUGCCGUUUCUUGGGUAAACAGGAACAUCCGUGCCUUCGGAGGAGACCCCAACAACCUCACCAUCUUCGGGGAGUCUGCCGGUGCUGUUAGCUCCAGCUUCCAGAUGAUGGCCUGCCUGAAACCUGUUGACGCUAAUGUUCUCACUCUGGCCGGUACCACGGCCCUGGGUGGUUCUCCCUCCACCCCCAUGGUAGACAACCUGGUCCUCUCCCCUGUGAUCGAUGGGGACUUCCUGCCAGAUCACCCAGGCAACCUUUUCCACAAUGCCGCUGACAGCGACCACCUCGCUGGGGUCAACAGCAUGGAUGCCCACCCCUUCACUGGCCCGGACAUUAUUUACCUGGGAGGAAGAGGGCUGAUUGGUUACCUGGGAGGAAGAGGGCACUCUGUUCGGUGUUGGCCAUGUGCAUGGUGUAGCUUAAAUGGGACUGCAGAUUUUACAGAACCAACUGAGUCUAACAAGUCAGACGUGAAACUGCUCUUGAGUUCUUUGACUAAGAAGGGAGAGGCCGCUACAAACAACGCUUUCGCAGAGUACACGGCUGACUGGGGAGAUGAGCCUAGCCAGAAGACAAUCAAGAAGACCGUUGUUAUGAUCGAAACUGACUACAUCUUCCUGGUUCCUACCCAGGUUGCUCUCUAA